UAUAUAGUAUGAGUCAAUAACGACCACCGUCAGAAAAAUUCUCAUCCAUAUCAAAAACAGGAAAAAAAAAAAAAUGAAAAGUUCAAAAAAAUUCUCAUCGUCGGCAACAACCACCACCGUUAUCCACACUUUUUAUAAUGACCAUAAUACCCCUCCAGCUCCAUCAACCAAACAAAUCCCGAUAGAAACCCCAUCACCGGCGGCGAAAUCCACCGUCCGGACUAACUCCUCCUCCGCCGCAGCAGCAGCGAGGAUCCAGUCUGGCUACCGUUCUCACAGGAUCCGAAACCUAUACAAGACAAUCUCAUCCGUCAAUCGAGAAGCGAAUCGUGUACAGAGCAUGAUCCAACGGCAAGACACGGUAGACGCCAUUAGAACCGAUGAGAAGGAACGUCUUCGGAUGAACGAGAUUCUGAUGUCUCUGCUUCUGAGACUCGACUCCGUACCUGGUUUAGAUCCGUCGAUCAGAGAAGCUCGGAGGAAAGUGAGCCGCAAGAUCGUAGGGAUGCAGGAAAUACUCGAUUCGAUCUCGGAGACCAAAGACGAAAUUCAGUGGUGGAAUUACAACGAUAUCGGAGGAGUUGACGGCAGACAAGGCGGCGGCGGCGCGUGGCCUUUGUAUUGGGAAGAAGCGGUGGAGGAGGAGAUGUGUAGAGAGAAAGGCGGUGAGGAAAUGGAGAGGUUCUGUGCUCAGUAUUUGGGUUUCAGAUGUUUCCAGAGAUUUCUCAGAGAAUGACCACCGCGGUAAAAAAAAAAACUAAUCCGGUGUGUCGCGGUGUACGAUUAGAGGACCUUUCUCUUUUUGUUUUUACUACGUUUAUGUUAAAACCACGAACGAAUUAUAUCUUUUUGUAUGUAUCUAAACUGGAAUACGCGCCGUCUUGCAUCCAUGAAAACGUCGCGUAGUUUCUAAAUAUAGUCAUGGAUCAUAGGAGAAUUUGGGCCCAUAAUCCAUAUUCAAUAGACUCACGUAAGUAUGUUGAUUAGUGAA